CCUUGUGUUUGGGAUUUUAUUGCUGGAUUGGAGCUCAUAACUGGUGGUGCUGAUAUGAUUACAUGGUCCACCAUCAAUACGCCUGCUAAAAAUGUCGUCUACCUGAGUGCUCAUGUGCAAUCAGAGAUGGGCAGUAAACCUUGGGCUGUAGUCUCCCGCAGACCAUUAGGUUCAUCUUCUUUCUAUUUGUACCCUGGGCAUUCAAAAACAAAUUGUGGUAGCUCGCCUAUUUACAGGAUAGUAUCUUCUCCAUCCUUUAUUGGCCAAACAUUUCAGGGGAUCUAUUUUCGAUCUUGCUUCUCUUAUCAAAGAGGAAGCUUGCAAGUUAAAUGUGUUGGUAGGGCUAAUGGACCUCAGAGGAAACACCUUGAAAUUUCAUUAGCAUGCCAAAAUUUAAAUACAAGGCUUUUGGUCUCAAAACAAGGAAUGCUUCCUAGAAUCAAGUGUAACGUGGGACCAGUAUCUUGGCCACAAGGAUGUGCUUUGGCUGGCUUAAUUUUUGGGUUGCUAGUAUGUUAUUCGAGUUCUGAACCAGCAGACGCUGAAGCAACUCGGGAAAAGGGGGAUAAAGAAGAAGGGAUGGAGCAAGGGUUGGAAGAGCAGGGAGUGAUUUUUACAAAACCAGAACUGAAACAAAAUGGGAAGAAGGAAGAAGAGAUGGAGCCAAGGUUGGAAGGGCAAGGACGGAUUUUUGCAAAACCAGAAUUCUUCCUUGGGGACAAGGAAGAUAUUAGGGGAGAGGGAUGA